AAUGUUUCUUAGCCCCCUCUCGUCACUCCAUGGCGCAUGUCUUUCUAUCUAGGAAGCACAGGUUUUGCUCGGGCAGCUUUGGGCCAUGGCUACACCCUUCCAAGGAACCAUUUGUCCCACCAGAUGCGUAUCCUCUCUGAGUUCGAAACGGCCCUUCCCUGCGCAGCCUAAAGUUUGGACGCAAAGGGCCGCACUGGGAGGCUUGCGUGCAUGCCUUGAUAGGUCAACGGACUGGUCUUGCGGGAUUGCAGCUUUGUGCUUUGCCUGGAGCUUUUCACGCGCAAAGUUUAUGCCUUGUGCGCCGAAGUGUGGCAGGGCGAUCAGGACAAUGACACGUGCGUUGGGGUCGAUUGAGCAGUUCAAAGUCUUUGGACCUCCUGAUGAUCCGUUUGUCAUUGAAACCGACAAGGUGCUAGGCGUAGGCGGCCAAGGUACAGUAUACUUAUGCCACAGAAGAAGCACGCCAAACACGAAGCACGCUGUCAAAACCAUACCAAUUUGGCGACUACUAAUGGAUCCCUCCUGCAAUGAGAAAAUCGCAUCAAUCCGCAAAGAGACGGAAGUUCUGCUGCAGAUCCAAGGCCAUCCAAACAUUUGCGAGUGCCUUGGAUGUUUCGAUGCAUUUAGACCUGGUACUUCCCAAGCCCAAUACAUCAUGAUUGUCAUGGAGCUCAUUGAGGGCGGUGAGUUGGCAAGCUUCAUCAAGGAUGGUCAGGGCCUGUCAGAGGACAUAGUCAAAUCCAUCAUGCGACAAACAACCGCUGGGCUUAAGUUCAUCCACGACCGAGACGUGGUUCACCGCGAUCUCAAAGUGGAAAAUAUCUUGGUGUGUGGCACACAGAUCACAGCCACAACGCCUGUCAAGGUGAUAGAUUUCGGUGUCGCAAAGAGCCUGAAAGGCACUAUGGCUCGCAGUUGUGUGGGCACCACUGAAAUCAUGGCACCUGAAGUUGUAAGCGCCAAAUUGAUGCUUGCCCCAAAAGGCGCAUCUAUGAAGAAGCAUGGUCCGUACAGCUUCAAAGCUCCGCAGGAGGCAUCGCCAGGCUUUGGCAUUGUGACACAGCGCCCUGAUGGCAAGGGCGCCAUGGUGAACGGCAUUGAGCCCGGAGGUCAAGCGGCAACCUUUGGCAUCGGAGAUGGCUGGGCUAUCUCACACAUCAACAAUGUGGAGGUGCUGGAGAUGCCCUUCGUGAAAGAUUUCAAUGAAAUUGGUGCCGGAACAAAGGCAGGUGUUACAGCUAUUGCCGAGAUUCUGGGUAGCCUUAAUGCUCCAUUCAAUAUGGAAUUUGUGGAGCUGCCAAAGCGGGAGUUCAGCAAAGCCAUCGACCUUUGGAGUUUGGGAGUAUCUCUGCAUGUCAUGCUCACGGGGAAGAAGCCAUUCGAGGAGGAGGCGCAGAUUGUAAACGGAGAGUUCGACCAAACCUUGCUGAAGCGGUGCUCUCAAGAUGCCCAGGACCUGGUCAAGGGCUUGCUGCGCAUGAAUCCAAGUGAGAGAUUGACUGCGGAUCAAGUCUUGGCGCAUCCAUUCUUGCAGUGAGAUUCUGGAUAUGACCAAAGUUUCCAAGUUGUUUUGAGAAUUUAGCCGUUGCCUUCUCUGCUCGCUCGCGCAGUUGUCCACAAGACAGGUUUUUUCAACGGUGUGAAAGUUUAACAUGAAUUGGCUGUUCCAAAGACGAACAGUGCCAACGAGCUGCACGGAGCAGAUGCUGUGCGGAACACAUUGUUUGCUGGCAACUAUUGGCAGGUGCGAAGGAUUGGGGAUAGCUGCGCCACUUUACAGGUGUAGCUUGGCAAUAAUGCGAGAAACCAAGGUAGGCUAGGUUCCUGAAACAAAACAUGAUGUGAGUUGACCUUUGAGUUUGCAGCGGGCAAUGUUGCUUGCCACAGCCGGCAUAUAGUCAGGAUUUCAAUUGCGCUCCUGUCGUUCACUGCUUGGUUUCGAUUGGCGUGAGAUUCCGCCUUGGAGGUUAAAAAAA